AUGGCAACCUAUAUAACGACGAAAGUGUUUAUACCUAAAUUUCGUCAGAUUGACAACGUCAGUAUUUAUGCUUAUCUUGAGCGACGCUUCUCACUAUCAGUUCGUAUUAUGGUGACAUGUACUUUUAUUAUUGGCACUAUUUUAAAUAUGGGUGUUAUUCUCUAUGGGCCGAGCUUGGCAUUGAGUCAAGUGACUGGGAUAAACAUUUGGUUUACAGUUGCUUCGUGCGGAUUGGUUUGCACAAUUUAUACGAGCAUCGGUGGAAUUAAAGCGGUGAUUUGGACUGAUGUUAUACAAGCUGUCACGAUGUUUCUUGGCAUUAUUGUGCCGAUUGUUUUUGGCUUCAUCGAUGCUGGUGGAAUCGUAAAAGCAGUUGAAACAGUAUCUAGCGGAAAUCGAUUUCAAUUCUGGGUUAUCACUCCAGAUCCAUCUGUUCGUUAUACUCUGUGGAGUCUGUUUAUUGGUCUCACAUUCUUUGACGUAGCCGUAGUUGCUUGGAUCAAUUAUGCGAUGACUGUAGUGAUGCAAAUUCUCUUGGCAUGCAUUGGAUGUCUUAUCUAUGCAAAGUAUAGUCAAUGCGAUCCACUUAAUGCUAAAUUGAUUUCGAGAUCAGAUCAAUUGUAUCCUUUGUUUGUUAUACAAAUAUUGGGACGAUUUCCUGGUUUCACUGGUCUUUUCAUAGCUUGUAUUUUGAGCGCAUCGUUAAGUACAAUUUCAAGUGCAGUCAAUAGUAUAGCAGCAGUCAUUGUCGAAGAUAUCUAUAAACGAAUGUCAUUCGCACGCCCAAUGUCAAAUGAACGCCAAGCGACGAUAAUUUUACAGAUCUUCGGCGUCUUUACAGCUCCCAUCCUUGGGAUCUAUUUACUUGGAUUCUUUACAGCACGUGUUCAAAGUCGAAGUGUUCUUAUGGCCUUUAUACUCUGCCUGGUAUUUCAAAUGUGGAUCCUUGUUGGAAGUACUCUCACUGUAAAACCACCUAAUAAACAAGGCGGACGAUUGCCGACUUCAGUUGUUGGUUGUGUGCCAUCAGUGAAUAUCAGUGUACCGAUGUCAAAAAAUCAAAAGUAA